UGGGUGACUCGCCAAGCAAGAGGAAGAAGCGAGUGGGACGGUUGCUGCCUCGCUCAUCUUUGCAUUGCGUUGCCCAGCAGUUCGAGUCACGAGCCCUAAAGCUAUCAUUGUUCAUCGCAUGACUAAGAGCCGUAGUAAACCAGAGGGAGGGUUUGCCUCCUUCGGGUACCACCUGGGUGUGGAGAGUCAGGAUUUAUACCAGACAAACUUUAGGAGAUUAGAGCCGCUGGUCGUGAGUUGAGCUGCAAGCUUUCACCUCACAAGUCGCAGUUGUUUAUUUCAAAGCGAAAGUGAAGUAAACGUGCAAUUUGUUUUUUUUUUUAAAUUGCUGCCUUAUCCACGGCAUAGCCCACAAAGCACUCAGUAUAAUUCGAGGAGGGCUAGUGACGAAAUGACAGGUAUGCCACUGCAAGUCUCUUACAGUUUAAAGGCAUAAGGUACGUUCCAUCAUUUUUUCAACCCUAAGUCAUUUGAAGCCACUAUCCAGUUGAUUUCAAUGUCAUUUACAAUCACAUCCCAAUACGUGUUCUUACGAUCGGGUUGCAGGUGUAUUAUACAAGCUACGCUACACAUGUCUGCAUUACACACCUGAACUGGUAAUGGUCAUUUCCUUUUCUUUAUGAAAUGUACAAUGCAGUUCUAAAAACACUUUCUGAGCUUUAGGGCUCGUGACUCGAACUGCUGGGCAACGCAAUCCAAAGAUGAGCGAGGCAGCAACCGUCCCACUCGCUUCUUCCUCUUGCUUGGCGAGUCACCCAACCCACUCUCCCCACUUUUUUGUAGGCCGAUAAUAAGAUCCAGCUCCGCCUCUGCUCCUCCUCCGUGCUGAAGCUGCUGUGGUGUCUGCGGCAGCCAUCUUUGUUGAUGUGUCAGCUUUCGGUUCCUCUUAGGGGGUUGCUGCAGGAGUCCGGAGAGGGAGAAUGAUGUCUCUCGCUCUCUCAUAUCACUGUAAGCUAUGGGGAGUAGCUACUACUGCAACUGAUACUCUGGUUCCCAGCUUCCUGAUAAACUGCUAAGAGCUUCCUGACUCGGAAAAGAUUGUGCAUGGAAAGAUGGAAGAGAAUUUAGCAGAAGAACAAGGUGCAUUAAGUAUUGAGGAAGCUGUCAAAACUCUUGAAACUGGUGACUGUCUGCACAUUCCAUGCACUGGAGCUGAUCAAAUCACUUUGAGAACAGAUGAUAAACAGAGGAUAUUGAAUCCCAGUUCAGCAGCUACAGAUGCAAGUGGAAAUGGGAGCAGUGUUGAUACACAGUUUAUACCAGAAGUCAAUGGAGGAGGAGAUUGUCAAGCUGAAUCCUUUGAAAUACAAAUAGAAGGAUCCAAGAAAGCAGACUGCUUACCUGCUACAGACUGUGAACAACCAUUUUCCAAAAGGGAUAGCACAAAUCAGUCCCUAAUAGACAUAUUACAUGAGCUCAGAGAGUAUGAUCAUAUAAAAAGGUCUGACAGGAUCUGUUCAGAUAGCCUCUAUGACACAGAUUGUACCAAGAACCUUAUUUCAACUAUACAAACUACUUCCUCUCAGGAGGCAUUGCUAGAAGAGAUAGAGUCUGAACUACUAUCGACAGAUUUAUUGAGCGAUCAUAAGCCUCCAAAUGGAGUCUGCAAGAGCGAGGCUGCAUUGGCUGUGUUUGAAAAAUACAUGCAAGAUAAAUAUCUACAGCAAGAGCACACAAUAAAGAAAUUAAUUAAGGAAAACAAGAAGCACCAGGAGCUAAUUUUGGAUAUUUGUUCAGAAAAGGACAAUUUAAAAGAUGAAUUAAAAAAAAGAUCAGAAACUGAAAAACAGCAUCUCGGCAUUAUUAAGCAGUUAGAGGCCAGAAUAGAGGACCUCCAAAAAGAAGUUAAAGGUGCUAAAGAUAAACUUGUAUCGCAAGAUGCUGCUGCAAAAAAUGCUAUCCAGCAACUACACAAAGAGAUGGCCUUUCGUACCGAUCAGGCAAACAAGAAAUGUGAAGAAGCCCGUCAAGAAAAAGAAGCCAUGGUAAUGAAGUAUGUUAGAGGAGAAAAGGAGUCCCUAGAUCUUCGAAAGGAAAAGGAGGUACUUGAAAGGAAACUAAGAGAUGCAAAUAAAGAAAUCGAAAAGCACAGUAAUAAAAUAAAGCAUCUGUCUCAGGAAAAAGCACGGUUGCAUCAACUCUUUGAAAACAAGGAAGGUGAAGCCACUAGAAUGUCAAGAGAAAUAGAAAAAUUAAAAGAAGAAAUCAAUUCUCAUGUGAUUAAAGUGAAGUGGGCCCAGAACAAACUGAAGGCUGAAAUGGAUUUACACAAGGAAACCAAAGAUCGGCUUAAGGAGGCAACAACAAAGCUGACUCAAGCAAAAGAAGAAUCUGACCAGAUACGAAAAAAUUGCCAAGAAAUGAUAAAAACUUACCAAGAAGCCGAAGAAAUUAAAUCAAAUGAAUUAGAUGUGAAACUCCGACUUACAAAAGGAGAACUGGAAAAACAACUGCAGGAAAGGUCUGAUCAUCUAGAGGUACAUCAUGCAAAAAUAAAAGAACUUGAAGAUGUGAAGCGAACAUUUAAAGAGGGUAUGGAUGAGCUGCGAACACUAAGAACAAAGGUCAAGUGUCUAGAGGACGAACGGCUGAGAACAGAAGAUGAAUUAUCAAAAUACAGAGAAAUUAUUAAUCGCCAGAAGGCUGAAAUUCAGAAUCUUCUGGACAGAGUGAAAAUCAUAGAUCAGCUUCAGGAGCAGCAUAUGAAAGAUGACCAUGAGAUUAAUUCCUUGAAGGAAGAAGUGGACAGCCUCAACUCUCUGAUUACUGACUUCCAGAAGGAUAUUGAUGGCAGCCGAAAAAGAGAGUCUGAGCUAUUAGUCUUCACUGAGAAACUGACCAGUAAGAAUGCUCAGCUACAGUCAGAGACCAACUCCUUACAGAUGCAGCUUGAUAAACUUACCUACAGUGAGAGAGAAUCACAGAAUCAGCUGGAACUUUUGAGACAAGCAAGAGAUGAGCUGGUAAAUAAAUUGCAGAAGGAGGAGCAGCAUCACAAAGACAAUGUUGAAAAACUGCAGAUAGAACUGAGUUCUCAGCAGAAAGCACUAGCAGACAUGAAUACUCUAGCAGAUGAAUUGAAAGAUGAGUUGGCUACUCAGAAACGAAAACAUGCAGCAAAUCUUAAAGACCUCACCAAGCAACUUCAGCAAGCACGAAGAAAAUUGGAUCAGUUUGAAAAUGGCAACUAUGAUAAAGAAGUCAGCAGUAUGGGAAGUCGUUCCAGCUCAUCUGGAUCUCUUAAUGCUCGAAGCAGCAAUGAAGACCGUUCACCGGAAAAUAGUGGUUCUUCAGUAGCUGUGGACAACUUCCCAGAAGUGGAUAAGACCAUCUUGAUUGAGAGAAUAGUAAGGCUACAGAAAGCUCAUGCUCGGAAAAAUGAAAAGAUGGAAUUUAUGGAGGAUCAUAUCAAGCAGCUGGUGGAAGAAAUCAGGAAAAAAACUAAAAUAAUACAGAGUUACGUUUUAAGAGAAGAAGCUGGUACAUUGUCCUCCGAAGCCUCUGACUUCAACAAAGUGCAUUUAAGCAGGCGUGGUGGGAUCAUGGCUUCUCUCUACACGUCUCACCCAGCAGACAGUGGGCUCACAUUAGAACUCUCCCUGGAGAUAAACAGGAAGCUUCAGGCAGUUCUUGAAGAUACAUUACUGAAAAAUAUCACUCUAAAGGAAAAUCUGCAAACACUGGGAACAGAAAUAGAACGGCUAAUUAAGCAGCAGCAUGAUUUGGAACAGAGGCUGAAGCAAACAUAGCUGAGAGCAACGCCAAGAAGGCAGAAAAGGCAGGUGCACCGAACCCUCAUGGUAUAUGAACCGCUUGUCUGCCAGUGUCUUCUGUCAGUCCUGUGCAGCUUUAAUAAUGCAUUCUUAUGAGAAAGGUUUGCAAGACCUAGGCCCUAAUUGCCUGCAUUGUGUGAAGUGGUGGAGACUUUGAUGAACUUAUAUAUGAACAAUGUCUUCAUCUAUUUCAAUUUUGACUGCAACUAGAUACAGCCUUGUGCGACAAAGAGAGAGAGAGAGUCAUCGUGAUUUUUCAGACACUUAUUUUGUGUGCAAUUAAAAUACCCUGUCCAUGAAGAAGCUUGAAAAGAGUAUACACGGGGGAGGGUCUUUUUGUAAGGGUGAGUGGGACUUAACAUAGUAGGACAUAAACAUUCUCACAUGCAUAGAGUUACUUAAAUUGGUUGAGGGUUUUUUUUAUUUAUAACAUGUAGGGAAAGGCCUUCAUCAUAAGACUGUUUCUUUGCUCUAAGGACAUGGUAUUACAUAUUUUAUCAAUUAAGAGUAUAAAAGGUCUCUUCAGUUAUGCCUUUUUUUAAAAAAGAGAGUGUGUUGAAUGUGAAACUUCUGCUGCGGUCAAUGGGUUUAAGAAGUUGCUGCCUGCAUAUAAACAGCUGCAUGCAUCUGUAACAUAAUGUGAAACUGGAGAGCUAAUGAUAACUCUGAACUUUGGGAACAUACUUUGAUAUGGGAACAGUGAUCAAACAGUAUCAUGGCACAAAUAUGGAUGAUAAAGCACUAAUGCAUGAUAGUGUUGGGGGGCAGAAGGAAAAGGAAGGUGUCCUUGAUGUUCUUUUGCAAAAGUGAGAGUCAUAGUGGGUCUGACACUACCAAUGGCUGUGUCUGUGCUUUGCACAGAAAGGUCAUUCUCUGUCACUUGCUGCUGUGGUGAGCACCUGUGUUCCCUUUAUUUUUGACUAUGAUGAGAGGGUAAUAUCCAUGCCAAAAUAUGAGUGCACAAUUUCCAAAAUACGUAUCUAAAACAUUAGAUGCAACUAAGCAUGGGAGUAUGUGGACAAAAUGCAAUGAACUCAAGAGAGGCUCCAACAUUUUGGAAAGAGAGAAGAGGUAGUGUUAGUUAGCCUUACUGUGCAUUCUCUCUUGUUAUGGCAUGCACUAUCAUGUGUCUGUGUUUCCAAGGAGCAGAGCAGUCGAAGGAGGUUCCUCUUCCUCGUGAUGGUGUGAUGAUUUGUAUGGCUUUCCUAAAUGAAUUGUGCAUGUUCAGGUUCAUACUUGUCCUUUUAUGAGGAGAGAGGUUGAGUAAAAUCUUUCUCUCACACACACGCACACCCCAUUGCUGGUUCUGUGGUUAGUGUGAAUGUGAACUAACACAUUAAGAACUUUUUCCUGCUUUGCUUCAUUAAAAUAUAGAAACUGCCUCAGAAAUCUGAAAUACUUCUGCCUUUGAUUAUCCUUAAAUUUCCCUCCUCCUAUUGCAAAAACAAAUGACCUCCCCACCAAUUGCAAUAUUCAAUUAUUUAUUCAAAGUACAAAAAUGCCACUUGAAUAGUUAACAUAGUUUCCUGUGAUUUUUCCAUUUCUCCUUGGAUGUAUACAGUUUUAAUUGCACUCCAAGAAUACUGCUUUUUUUGAAAAUUGAACAGUCAUUGUAUAAACAUGUAUAGUGCAAGAGUUUGUAUUUUUUUUUUUAAAGCCACACAUUUCAUAUUUUUCUGGGAGUGAUAUGUGUGUACAGUAGCAACAUUACAGUAGCAGAACUAUUUUGAUUUUCAGUGUAUAAUCUCAAACUCUGCACAUUAUGUCCUG